UGAAUCUGUCAAAAAAAUUUGCGUUGUUUUUAAUUUUAAAUAUUGAUUAUUAUUUUUAGUUACAUAGUUAUAGUCUUAUGUAAAAUUAGGAUUAUUAAAUAGUAGUAUAAAAAGUACAAAAUGAAGGCACUAAUUCAACGCGUUAUGAACGCUAAAGUGACCGUGAAUGACGAAGUGAUUAGUAGUAUUGGUCAAGGUAUUUGUGUAUUUAUUGGUAUAUCCAGUAGCGAUUCUAAGAAAGAUAUGGAGUACAUAGUUCGUAAAAUAUUAAGCAUAAAGUUGUUUGAUGAUGAGUCCAGUAAGAAAUGGAAGAAAAGUGUUGCAGAUAAGGAAUUAGAGAUCUUAUGUGUCAGUCAGUUCACUUUGUAUAACACUUGGAAGGGCAACAAACCUGACUUCCACCAUGCCAUGCCUGGAGAAAAAUCCAAAGAGUUCUAUGAAAACUUUUUACAGAUGUUAAAAGAUGCUUACAAACCAGAAAAAAUUAAAGAUGGCCAGUUUGCAGCUUAUAUGCAAGUCAGCAUACAAAACGACGGACCAGUCACCUUCGAAAUAGAGUCUCCAGCUAACCUACCCAGCAAAGAAAGGAGGACUAACAAUGGAACUAAACAAGUUAGCAGCGAAACAGACAAUCAAGUUGAAGACAAUGUAGAUAAAGAUUAAUAAUUGAUUUUUUAAUUUAGGUACAACUUAAUAAAUUAUUAUGGAAUUGAUAAAAAAGUUUUUA